AGCAAUCGAUAGUGCAAUCGGUUGUCCAUCGAGCUCCACUGUACUUCUAAAAAUUGAAAAAUAAACGAAUUGAUAAAUAAGCUAACAAGAUUGCGAGCCCAGCCAAUAGGAUCUGCCGGAGGCGUCGGUACCCACACCCUGGAUACCCCCAUGACACUAUGGUCGGGAAGAACUUCAAGGCUCUGUCGCAUUUUCACCGCCUCACCGAAUACAUAGUACAGUGCAAGCAUUGCGACAAGACGCUCUCGUCCAAACAUACCUCUUCCAACCUGACCCGCCAUCUCAUCCGCAACCACAAGCUGCUGGCCCGCACGAUUUUCGCCGGCGAGGAGGGUAAAAUGCUCGCGGAGCUCAAGGAAGAGCUGGACGCAUCUGUUUUAGAAGACUUGAGCAUGGAGUUGCAAGAGGGCGAGGGUGAGACAAAGAGUGCGGUGCGCACGAUCAUUGGUGCGAAGCAUGAGCAUUUGGAGCGGCACAGCCACGAGUCCGAGAUGCGAAACAAGGUGAUUGGAAAGAACAAUAAGCUCUGGGCGCACUUCAUCCGCAUCUCCGAGUUCAUGGCCAAGUGCAAGCACUGCGGCAAGACGCUCUCUUCGAAGCACUCCUCCUCCAACCUAAUGCGCCACAUUGUUCGGCGCCACAACAACCUGGCCAAGACCCUCAACCACUCUCACCAUCACCUGAUGACGCCCAAGAACGAGGUGUUCGCUGUCCUGGAGCGAAGACAGCUGUCGGAUCCGUUGGAAAAGGUCAACUUUGACGAUGUGGAUAGCAUCAUCGAAAAGGUGGCGGACCACCUGGAUGACGAGGUUACCUCAAUCUCGCUGCAGGAACCCUUCUACGAGUACGUGGUGGACAGCUCGGAUAACGCGGUUGUGGACACGAGGCAAGAUGAUCCCGAUCCCGAUCCAGAGCCGAAGGCGGAGCCGGAGCAAGCAGACCUGCACGACCUAAUACCCACAGACACCGCCUCACUGGCGGAGUCCACCACGCAGCUGGACGAGAAACUGAAGGCGGAAACGAUAUACUACAAUGAGAUGGCCGAGCUGGCAAGAGCCAAGCGUCGGCUCAUCGAUCUGCAGACCAAGAAGCUACUGCUUGACAUGAACGUGGUGAUGGAUAAUUAACACCAAUUGACGAAAACUUACAACACGUAUUUUGUAUGAAGGCGAGCAAUAUGAUUAUGAUUAAUAUUAAGUACAAUUAUGAUUUUACCAAACAAU